UUAUUUUAUAAAUUCAUUUUGUUUUGGUUUACCUUUUAUUUUUAUUUUAUUAUUAGAAUAUAAUAAUAAUGAUGAUGAUAUUAUUGGUAAAAUUUAUCCUUAUCAAUUUGAAUCUUUCAUUUCUUGGUUUGGUAUAUUUUUGAUUUUUUUGGGUAUUUGGUUAAGAUGGUAUGCUAUGAGAAUCAAUAAAUUUUUUACUAGAAUUCUUAGAAUUGGUGAAGAAUUCAUAGUUACUGAAGGUCCAUAUAGAUAUAUUAGACAUCCAGGUUAUUUGGGUCAAUUGUUAAUAUGGAUUGGUUUUGGUUUAUCAUCAGGGAAUUAUUUAGUUGCUUUAAUUAUUUUUAUUGCAAUUAUUUUAACUUAUUUGUAUAGAAUUAGAAAAGAAGAAGUUGUUUUAUUAAGAACUUUUGGUGUUGAUUAUUUGGAAUAUUCUACUAGAGUUAGUAAAUUAAUUCCUUACAUUUAUUAAAAAAAAACAAUCCCACUG